GAUUGCUAAAGCUAUGCGCAAGCAGUCUGCGGAAGUGAAGGAGAAGUGGGAAAGCCUGAAUACCUGUGCCAGUGGUUGGCAGAAACAGAUAGAUCAAGCACUAGAAAAACUGAAGGACCUGCAGUGUUCCAUGGAUGACCUGGAUGCAGACUUGAGAGAGGCAGAGAAUGUGCGAAACAGUUGGAAACCUGUUGGAGACAGGCUGAUGGCCUCAUUGCAGGAUGAAGUUGAUAAGACAACCGCCUUUAGAGAAGAAAUUUCACCAAUCAGCUUGAAAAUCAAAUGCAUCAAUGACUUAUCUGGUCAGCUCUCUCCACUUGAUCUUCAUCCAUCCUUGAAAGUCACACGACAGCUGGAUGAUCUGAACAUGCGAUGGAAACUUUUACAGAUAUCGGUAGAUGAUCGCAUUAAAUUACUACAAGAAAUACACCAUGAUUAUGAACCUGAAUCUCAAGAUUUUCUUUCCACCUCUGUACAACUACCGUGGCAGAGAUCAGUGUCUCAUAACAGCGUUCCAUACUAUAUUAAUCAUCACACUCAAACAACAUCCUGGGAUCACCCUAAAAUGACUGAACUAUUCCAAUCAUUGUCUGAUUUGAACAACGUGCGUUUUUCUGCUUACCGUACAGCCAUCAAGAUCCGGAGACUACAAAAAGCCUUGCGUUUGGACCUCUUGGACUUAAACUCAACGAAUGAAGCUUUUAAACAGCACAAAUUGAUUCAGAAUGAUCAGCUCCUUUGCGUUCAGGAUAUCAUCAGCUGCCUCACUACGAUUUACAGUGGAAUGGAAGAGAAGCACGAGGAUCUUGUGAACAUUCCACUCUGCGUAGAUAUGUCUCUCAACUGGCUACUCAAUGUUUAUGAUAGUGCCCGGACUGGAAAAAUCAGAGUGCAAUCCUUGAAGAUUGGCUUGAUAUCUCUUUCUAAGGGUCUCUUGGAAGAAAAAUACAGAUAUCUCUUUAGAGAAGUGGCUGGACCUACCGAAAUGUGUGACCAGAAGCAGCUUGGCUUGUUAUUGCACGAUGCCAUCCAAAUCCCACGACAGCUUGGGGAAGUAGCUGCUUUUGGAGGCAGUAACAUUGAGCCCAGUGUCCGCAGCUGUUUCCAACAGAAUAAUAAUAAGCCAGAAAUUGAUGUAAAGCAGUUCAUAGACUGGAUGCGUCUGGAGCCACAAUCUAUGGUAUGGUUGCCAGUUCUACACAGAGUAGCAGCUGCAGAAACAGCAAAACAUCAGGCCAAGUGCAACAUCUGUAAGGAAUGUCCAAUUGUUGGCUUUAGAUAUCGGAGCCUGAAACAUUUCAAUUAUGAUAUUUGCCAGAGCUGUUUUUUCUCUGGUCGAACAGCAAAAGGUCAUAAAUUACAUUACCCAAUGGUGGAAUACUGUAUACCGACAACAUCAGGGGAAGAUGUACGUGAUUUCACCAAAGUGCUAAAAAACAAGUUCCGAUCCAAGAAGUAUUUUGCUAAACACCCACGACUUGGUUAUUUGCCAGUGCAAACAGUCUUAGAAGGCGAUAAUUUAGAGACGUGA